AUGGAUGACGGGGUCGACGCUGUCCUCGCAGCCUUGGACCAGGACCUGGAGGCCGUGGCCGACCGCAUCGCCGACGGCGCGAUCGCAGCCUCGGACCCCAACCGCAGACACCCCCAAGCCACCCUUCUCAGCCGCACCGGCCUGUCCAUGAACUUUGCAGUCAAGCCCGCGAGCACUCUAGACUCAUGCGUGUGGCUGCUGCAGCGGUUCACUUUCAGGCGGCCCUGGUUGGCAGGGCGCCUGCUGGCGCGCGCGGACCUGGCGGCCGUCCUGGCAACCAUCGUCGACGCUGACAAGGCGGGGGAGACUGUGGUCGUGUCAGCCGCGGGCCUCCUGAGCAGCCUGCUGUCGAUAGGCAACAGCGUCGAAGAGCUGCACCCCGCAGCCCUGGCCCUAUGCACCCUGGCACUCGAUCGCCGCCCCAAGCUGCUGCGCACCCUGGCCGGAAUGGCUGCGGCGGGCGGCGGCGGCCGUCUUGCAACCAACGCGACCGGGCUGAUCGCCACGGUGUGCGCGCUGGAGCCGCGCGCGGGUUGGGACGUGGUGAGGGCGCCCAAGGCGCUGAAGGCUGUGAUUGGCAGGCUGGACAGUGAGGAUAACGUCAUGGACUCUGUCGCGGCGCUGGCAGCCCUGACUGGGGGGGACGAUACGGAGGCGCCCCCAGCGGGGAGCGGCAGCCCGUCGCGUGCGGCGGCGGUGUGGGAGGCGUGCGGGGGCGACGCAGUGCGACGCCUGUCUGGCGUGAUUGCGCGGCCGCAGCAGCACCCCCAGGUUCGUCACAUGGCCCUGGUCUCCCUCGGCAGCAUUGUGGCCGCGGGAGGGGAGCGCGCCGCCGCGGCGUUCGCGGCGGAGGCGGCGGUGCGGCCUGCGGUCGUGGCCGGCAUCACGGCGGUUCUGUGCUCUGGCGGCAGCCCGAGCGGGCAGUUGGCGCAGGCGGGCAUGCUGACGAGGAUGGGAUUAGCGGAAGGUGGCGAAAAGGUGGGGCUCAUGGCGGCACUGGAGUUGCUGCGCACCCCCUGCACCGCCAGCUCAGCCGCUGCCACUGGCGGCGGCAGCGGUGGCUGCGGCAGGCAGGCCGCAGACCUGGUGGCUGAAAGGCUCGAUGCGGCGACGCAAGUCCAAGCACAGGGCAAGCAGCAGCAGCAGCAGCAGCAGCAGCAGCAGCAGCAGCAGCAGCAGCAGCAGCAGCGGCAGCAGCAGGCGGCGAGCGGAAGCUCCGGAGCCACAGGCAGCAGCACUGCGCCUGCGGCGCACAAAAGCAAAGCCACAAAGGCGUGCGUCGUGUGCGGGAAGCUGGGCAGCGAUGCAGUCAAGCUGCGCAAGUGCUCCACGUGCAUGGUGGUGAAUUACUGCAGCACUGAUUGUCAGAAGCAGCACUGGAACCAGGGCGGGCACAAGCAGGCCUGCAAGGGCAAGCCCUCGUAG